UUCGCACUCCACAAGUAUUACGGUCGUUGCAGAAACUGCAGCCGGCUCAUAAGUUCUUUUCAGAUCGUUCUAGUCGGAUACUGUCGGUUAAGUUGCUAUACUGUCUAAAUCAUUAUUCACAAUUCUAUCAGAACUUCUUUGGCAUCAACAAUUUUUUAUAAGUAGCAUGCAUACGACACACAGAAUGGUCAGAACUUCAGCAACAUGUGGUUUGAUAGCAAUCGUGAUACUCGUAUGUACAAUUCAAACGUCAAGAUCGGCGCCCUAUCCGAUGUUAGAAGGGCAGAGUAAUGCAUACCUAUCAGAAAACGAUGGUGAUCCAGAAGUCAUGUUGGAGUUAUUAGCCAGAUUAGGACAAAGUAUAAUGAGAGCAAAUGAUUUGGAAAACUCAAAAAGAGGUCUUGACUUGGGUUUAAGCAGAGGAUAUUCAGGUACACAAGCUGCAAAGCAUUUGAUGGGUAUUGCAGCAGCUAACUUUGCUGGUGGACCUGGUCGUCGACGUCGUAGUGAUGGUCUUCCAAAGAUUCUCACACCUUAAACUUAGUUUGUUAUACAAAAUGUUUCCUAACAACUAAAUAAAAUACAUUCUAAUUUAUAUAUGUAUACAUAUAUAUGUAUCCAUUAAUUUAUAUAGAUGCAUUUUAAGCUAAUAAUUGAAAUAAGCACAUGUAAUCCAUCCAUUAAUUUGUGUAUUUCAUCUAUCGUAGAAAUUAAUUCAACAACAUAGUUCAACAUAAUAUUAUUGCUUACUAUUGUUUGUUUUAAUUUUUAGAAAUUUAAAAAAUGUACACUCAAUAAAUUUAAACUGUUAUUUUUAUUUUAUAAUGUCAAA